GAGGUCCAGAAAGAAAGAAAGAAAAAGAAAGGAGGGGAACAGUUAGCUAGAGGAGCCGAGGGAGGGACUAAAAAGGGUACAAGUUUGCCCACAAUUUCAGCACAACGUUUUCUUCUUCUUCCCUCAUCGCAGGAUUUAAGAGACUCCAUCACUAAGGGAACUGAUCAUCUGUAGCCAUGGCAGUAGAAGGAGGAAUGAAAUGUGUCAAAAUCCUGCUUUUCUUUUUUAACUUCAUUUUCUGGUUAUGUGGCCUGGCACUGAUUAUCGUGGGAAUCCUGGUUCAAGUGGCUUUGCACAGAUCCAUCGCCAUCAAGGAUGCGUCAGCUUCAGGAGCUCCCAUUGUCGUCAUCGGGGUUGGUGUGGUGAUUUUCUUCAUCGCCUUCUUUGGCUGCUGUGGCGCCUGGAAGGAGAACCAGUGCAUGAUCACCAUGUUUGCCAUCCUCCUGUCUCUGCUCAUCAUUGUUCAGAUUGCUGCAGCCAUCGCUGGAUACAUCUUCAGAAACAAACUUUCAACGAUCGUCCAGGAUAGUCUCGUCGACAUGAUUCCCAAAUACAACAGCUCAUCUCAGUUCAAAGAGACUGUGGAUAAGCUGCAGGAGGAUCUGAAAUGCUGUGGCGUGAACAGCUCCACCGACUGGAAGAACAUCUUCCCUGAGAAAAACACUGUGCCUGACUCAUGCUGCAAGAACGUCACUACAAACUGUGGAGUCGGAGCUAUGACAGACCCCAACAAAGUGUACCAGGAGGGCUGUCAUGAUGCCAUGGAGGCCUUCCUGAAGAAAAACAUCCAGUGGGUGAUAGUGGCAGCUCUUGUCAUUGCUUUCCUGCAGGUAAUGGGCAUCGUGUUUGCCUGCUUGUUGAUCAGAGGCAUCCGGAGCGGCUAUGAAGUCAUGUGAUGAAGUAGUUCUGGCAGCAUUAUUUGGGAGCUUCAUUUUGAGGCCUUUUGUUUAUCUUAAACUUCAUAAGUCAAAUAUGGAAACGUUUAUUUUCCCUGGAACUGAUUUUGGAUUCUAUUUUCAUAGGUUAAAUGUUCCUGUUCAAUACUGUAUGUUAUUAGGGCUUUGAGACGGUAGAAAACAGUAGGAUUCACUUUAUUAUCACUGUAUGUUGCUGGUUUUGAGGUUUUCUAACAUCCUUUUCUGUGCUCAGUGUCCGUUUUGGCGCUGGGUUUUACUGGUUGUGAGGUUCUGUUUUUAUUAAAGACACCUUAAUUUAUGUUGGUUUUGCUUCAAGGGGAAAUAAAAGAGGGAAAAUCAA